AACAGCUACCGCAGUUCGCGAACAUAGUUGCGUCAGCUAUUUACGAAGAGUACCCUGGUACGCUUACUUUACAAGAGACAAUACAUAUAUACUUGUUACGUGAUCAAACGUUACAGAGGUUUCUUUGCGUCCAUCGCUUCACAGUCGGUGUCGAGACUUCCGAGUUGAUGGUAUAGAAAUUUGUGACGCCACUUGUAUAACUUCGAAAAAAAACAGAUCCUAAAGGCUGGUUACUGGAAGUAACAAGAUUUGAGAUAACCUAUCCAAGUCAAUGAGAUUCUAUGGCAUAUUAUGUGUGCUCUGAAGAGUGUAAUAAUAACAUUGCCUAAGAGCCUGGCCAAGACUCCCGGAGGCUUGGAGACAGGGGACGGCUUGACAAGUACUCCAACUAUCAAAUUCACUACAUCCUUACUCGCUGCACAAAGGAUAAACAAUAUGGAGGACAGGAAAUCAAUGAUUAAACAUCAGCCAGAGGACAACAUGUCGUUGGACGAGGAAGAGAUAAUCAAACCAGAGCUCUGGCUCAGAGGAAAAAAGCGAAGAUUAGAUCACUUGACCUGGGAAGAAAAAUUGCAAAGAAAGAAAUUAAAGAACAGAGUAGCAGCUCAAACAUCCAGAGAUCGUAAAAAGGCUAAAUUGGACGAAUUGGAAGACACGGUUAAAGCUUUGAGAGAAAGUAAUGAAAGGUUGACACAAGAAUGCUCUUUGUUGAGAGCUCAAAAUGAGAGUCUCCGCACAGAAUCCGAGAGACUGAGAUGCGAGAAAACAGCCAACAAUAUCGACAGGAUAAGUUCCAAUGAGGAAAGCUUUUGCUCGAAUUGUCGAAUUCGUGUCGGUUGUGCUGCCCCCACGCUGGGAUCAGCAGUAUCCCCCUUUAACCCUCUGCCGCAGGGUGGGGCAACACAACCGGCAUCAUCGCCGACCCCGUUGAGCAAAAACGCCUCGAUUAUCCUGAAGAUAAUGACGCUCUACCUCCUCUCGAGGAACUGUUCGGCGAACUCCAAGGAGACGAGUACAUCGAAAAACUUGAAGAACUCGCAGAGAGCCUUCUGCGAGAAGUUACCGCAGAAGUGGAAGCAAGCACUUGUCGACCAAGUGAACAGAUCUCGGUCAAACAAGAUACCACUGAAGAAUCUGACAAUACAGAAAGAGUGGUGGGGACGACAUCAGAAAAUGUGGAAACCGGUAGAACCGUCCACAGCGUAAACGGCAAUAGCUAUCGUCGAAAUGCAAUUGCUAAUCAGCGAAAACUGUCAGCGCCCGUAUCUUCUUCAACCAAUUCAACGAGAACAUUGAAGCCAAGAAACACGACGACGACUAACGAGUUAUCUUUGAAACUGGGUAAUCCCAACAUUCCAUCGAAGAGCAUAAGAGGCGAGAAAUUAUCUCUCAAACAUGAAAUUCAAGUGAAGGAAGAGCCCGUAAACGAUAUGGAUACGGUUUACGGAACUUACGACGAGGCGACUAAUUGCAUAACGAUUAUGUAUCCCGACGAUACUGUUGGGAUCCAAGAAUGUGUCCAGGAAGUUUGCAGCACAAACAACGAAGGUUUAGCGUUCGAUGAAACAACAAGCACCGAAAAAUCCAACAAUCUUCAAAUUCCCAAUAAUCCUCACGAAAGUACUAAAAAUUAUCAUCUUUCACCAGCUUACACAGUCACAGAUUCUGUCGCCUCACCGAUGAGCAUUAAUUCCGAAGAUUCGGAUCAUGGAAUCGUGAAUUCUUACGCCAUGGAGUGCGCUUCACUUUCCGAUUAUGGCUACGAGUCUCAUGACUCGCCGCAACAAUCUAUCGUGCGUGAAAAGUCUUCUGCCCUCGGUGGCAACACGACAAAUGCCAGUACCGUUAACGCCUGUUCUCUCACGGAUCUUUGGCACGAAAGCUUUUCCGAAUUAUUUCCGAGUCUAGUUUAAAAGAGAUCGAAUCAUUAUUAUUCCACCAGAAUUAAACGCCCAUUCAAUUCCUGAAUCCGCUUUCGGGAUUUGUGCUCAGACUGUGAUAAAUAUUGAAAAUAUAAAUUUAUAAGUUUCAUACAGUGACAAUGAUUUUGCGCGUUUUCAAAUCGCCACGAUACUCAACACGGAUACUGUUAGAACAAAUUCUCACGGGCAUUCCCAUCACAUUGUAAUACUGGAAAAAAAAACUUUCUACAAUCGAGUCACCGGUUCUCACUCUACCUUACCUGUAAAUAGUUGAACAAAAAUGGACUAUUCUUCAUUUCAAUUUUCUCUUAUUUUCAAAGAUAUAACAAGUGUGUGGCAGUAUGAAGAGUGAUUUCAAGCAAUGUUUUUAGCCCCGUCGUGAAAUUUUCUUUGAUAUUGAAUCUUGUACUUCGUAUAGAAAGUGUAUUUAUUUAAGUUUGAAUUUAUUCAAGAAGUGUCAAGCAGAAAUGUUGUGUACGGUGAUCGUGACGUUGUCGUCUCAUGAGCUAUCAAUUAUAAUAAAAUCAAUGCCAAGCAGA